AUGGAAACCCUAACAUUACCAUCACUACCUACAUUCUCUCACGAAGAUUCACUUCCUAUGGAUCUGGUUGUUGAAUCACUUCCUAUGGAUCUGGUUGUUGAAAUAUUGUGUAGACUACCGGUAAAGUUUCUUCUUCAAUUCCGAUCUGUUUGUAAACUAUGGAAUUCUCUUAUCUCCGGUCACAAUUUCGCCAAGAAGCAUCUUCACCUAUCCGCUACGCGCAGUCUGAAUUAUGUUUUCUAUUUUGAUUAUUUUAGUAGAUUCAUACUUGAGUCUCGUCCACUAGACUCCGUUUUCUCAACCAUGUUUAUGGACGUCGUUACACAAAUUGACUAUUCUCUGAAGGGUUUUGAUGGGGGUUUUCAUAACUAUCCAUGUAAUUUUGUUGGCUCUUGCAACGGUAUUCUUUGUCUUGCCCGCCUUCAUCAUGAUUGUUUUGUUCGAGUGUGGAACCCUUCCAUUAGAAAAUUUAAAGAAUUGCCCCCGCUUAUACAAUCAAAAUUCAAUAAUGGUCUCGCUGGUGGGUGGAUCUCACAUGGCUUUGGCUAUGACCAUGUUAAUGAUAAUUAUAAGGUAGUGGCUGUAGUAAAGUAUGCUGCACCCCGGCGCGGUCGCCAAGGUUGUUCUAUUUCCAAAACCCAAGUAGGGGUUUAUACUUUUGGUACUGAUUUAUGGAAAAGUAUCGGAGAGUUUCCAUUUGGGAGUUUCCAUUUGGUUGUGCCCCGUGUAGGCAACCAGGGACAUUCGUAUGUGCCGGACUAUGGAGAGGUUGAUGAGUAUAAUUUGAAUUUGGGCGUGUUGAGGGAUUGCUUGUGCGUGUUUUCUGAUUAUGGUGUAUGGCUUAUGAAGGAAUAUGGAAAUAAAGAAUCUUGGACGAAAUUGUUUACUAUUUCUUACGAGCAAGAAGAUCCUAGUGAUUCUUAUUUCUUGGCUAAUGUAAUAUGCAUGUUUGCGGAUGAUCAAGUGUUGCUUGAAUCUUCUUCGAAUUGUGGUAAAAAGAUGACUUCUUAUGAUCUAAAAACAGGUACUUAUAAGUUUAUUAAUUUUCAAAACAAGAUAGUUAAUAAUCCAUGGAAAUGGAACCUUGAAGUUUGCAGUGAAAGUUUGAUAUUACCUUAG